UCCAGACUGUCCCGAGCAUUUCCGCCGCCUUGGGCCAGGGGUGCCGUUUCCCCCUCCUGCGUGAGGUGGACUCGCGUUAUCUGAGCUCUGUCGUCUUCAGGUUAAGGACUGUGCUGAAGUUGGUAUCUAGACACGGCUCUGCCUGGAAGCCUAGAGGCUGGGUGCGAGAGAGGUCCACAAUGUCUGAACUUUUUAUGGAAUGUGUAGAGGAGGAGCUGGAGCCGUGGCAGAAACAAGUUCCAGAAGUUCACUUGAUAGAUGAUGAUGACGAUGAACCCAUCUUUGUUGGAGUGCUCUCUAAUAACCAAAAGGAUGGUAAACCUAACCCUCCACCUCCUCAAAGAAAUAGUACUGGGAAAGAAGAAAUAAAGCGUCCUGCUCCUCCGCCUGCCAUUGGCUCCUCGCCAAUAAUGCUGCCGUUGAGUAUUGCGGGAAAUGCAGUGAAUACUGCACCACCCAAUCUGACAACGGUGACUCCACAGCCUGUCAUCAUCAAUAACCAGGGCUUUAUCGUCACUUCUCCACAAUUAGCAAACAACAGUGAGUUUAUUGCAUCUCUCGGGGCCCAGUACCCCCCUGGGACUUCAUUUACGAUCGUACCAGCUGGUCAGCAGCAUAUUUUUCAGCACGUCACUCCAGCCACAGUAAUACCUGGUGCUGUCCACAGGCCUCAGGUGCAACAAAUAAGCAACAACAUUGUGACGUUGUCUAACGUCCAGAGCCCUGCUGUGUAUUCAACGCAGUCUAAUCAGCUGCAACCCAACCGGUCCAACUCACUAUCUCUUCAGACCUUUUCUGUGCCUGUAAAGGCCAAUAGCAAUAACAGGGAUCAAAUCUUACUCAAACGAGGACUGCAACCACAGCAAACAGACAGCGUAGCAAAAAGAGCCAAGCUUGAUUUGGGGCCGACAAAAGUAAUAGUCCCAGUGGAAAAUGGGAUCUUAAAGAAAAAGUGCCCAAAGUGUCAAGAAGAAUUUCUUACACAGGAGGCCCUGAGAUGUCACAUGAUGAGCUGCUCUGCAAACAAGGAAAGUACAGCUCCGUCAGCCCCUGACAUUAGUGCAAACAAGCGCAUCAUGCUGGUCUCAGAUUUCUACUACGGCCAGUUUGAGGGAGAUGGGAACAAGAAGGAGGCGCAGAAGACCAACACCACUUUCAAGUGUCAGAGCUGUUUAAAAGUUCUCAAGAACAAUAUCAGGUUCAUGAACCAUAUGAAGCACCACCUGGAGUUGGAAAAGCAGAACAGUGAGAGCUGGGAAAGCCACACAACUUGCCAGCAUUGCUACAGACAGUACAUGACUCCAUUCCAGCUGCAGUGCCACAUCGAGAGCGCUCACAGCCCAAUCGAAUCCUCAACCAAUUGCAAGAUAUGUGAGCUGGCGUUUGAGUCAGAGCAAGUUCUCCUGGAACACAUGAAAGACAACCACAAGCCCGGGGAAAUGCCUUAUGUCUGCCAGGUCUGCAAUUACAGGUCUUCUUUCUUCUCAGAUGUGGAGACACAUUUCCGAAGUGUCCAUGAAAACACAAAAGACCUGCUCUGUCCCUUCUGUCUCAAAGUUAAUAGAAGUAGUCACAUAUACAUGCAGCACUACAUGAAACACCAGAAAAAAGGGAUCCAUCGCUGUGGAAAAUGCAGACUGAAUUUCCUCACCUACAAGGAGAAAGUGGAGCACAGGACUCAUGUCCACAAGACUUUCAGAAAACCUAAAGCCCUGGAGGGCCUUCCUCCGGGAACAAAGGUGACCAUUCGAGCCUCCCUCACAGGAAAGACACCCACUUUGCCGAUCUCCCCUGACCGAUCUGGCUUCAUUGUCAGUCCAGAAACACAAAGUUUCAAUCAGCAAACCAAACCUCCAGUCAGUGUAUCUAAGUCUAAAUCAAACGUCUCUGGCGUGGGAAAAGCCAAGACUCAGAGCAAGAAGCAAGCUGUCCGCACUACCAAGCACAAUCUGGCGCUGAAGAAUCUCAGAGUCAAUGGAGGACGUUACACGUGCAUCGAGUGCAACUCACAAGUUGACAACUUCUUUUCUCAUUUCCCAAUGCUUUCAAAUUGCGGUGCGUGCAAAUAUCGAACAAGUUGCAAAGUUUCCAUUGGGAAUCAUAUGAUAAGAUUUCACAGUACCAUAACCAAAAACAGAUUUUUGAAAAUGGAUCAUAAGAAAAAUUCAUCAGCAUUAAAAUUAACUCUGGUGUGUCUCAACUGUGACCUCCUCGUGGACUCAUCAGGUGGUGACCUGAUGACCAAACAUUUAACUGACAGACCAAAUCACAUAUGCAAAGUCAUUCAGGAGAAAGCAGAUAUGAAAGCCAAAGAUCGAGUGCAUCUCGUCUUGGGGCAGCCAGCAAAAGUCUUGUACCUUUUGACGUCUGCACCUGCUCAAAGACCAAAGGGAGUGGACUUGAAAUCAUUUGAAAGUGUCACAUCUAGAAGUGUUACUCUCGCCACUGUUGACCAACCAGAAUCAGAGCCGAUGCUACCGGCAGGUGAUCAGGAAAAGGGCUCCACAGAAAUAAGUGUCAUUGAAGGUUCCUCUGAAGGACAAUUAAAGCAGCCGUCGCUGCCAGCUUUAUCAUCUUCCUGCACAUCAGAUGGGGUUUUAGAUCUGUGCGACGAGUCAGUGGGUAACUCAGAGAGCCUCGAGGUCUCAGGGCCUGUCCCUGAGCAUGAGGCGGGGGAACAACAAACUAAAUCAGAAUGAACCUGUACAUCAACUAAACAAUGCACGUGCCACAUGAGAAGACCACACAGUUAUGAAUUUAAAAAUAAUUGCAUCAUCAGCCAUUGUUUCGUUUACAAAUAUCGACCAUUUGAUAGUGUUGCUUUGGCUGCUGGUAUUUGCUACUAGGCCCCUAAAUGUGUUUGGCAAGCCAAUUUCAACAAAACAUAUAUUAUCACAGAUUUGUUUUACUCUUCUGUCCAAACUUAAAUAGAUGUAAAGUAUCUUUGUAUUUAUAAAUAAAAAUACAAACCCUACAAUCUUCUUAUUUGCCAUAUAAAUUAUAUAGUUAAAGAAUUUGCAUAGUCGUACUUUUAAAUAAUACCAAUUAUUCAUGCACCUUGACGGAUUCCAGACCGCGUGGUGUCAGUUGUUGGUUCAACUUAAAUGAUUGUAGCUUAUUUUGUAUUUCUUAAAAGAUGACAGUAUUUGACUCUGCUCCUGAUCCCCGGUGUCAGUCCAGAUGAUUUUGAUUUCCGUAACUGAGAAAGAUGAACACAUUUGUCAAUAACUUGACUGUAAAACUCCACUCAGUGGCACAGAAUGUACGUUAUCACAUUCUCUCUGGUGAUUUAUUGAUGCAAUUUAAAUUCUCCAUGUAGUACGCUUAAAAGUACACAUACUAAAAUAAUGUCAUUUUGCCUUUGAUUCAAUUUUCUUAAAGAAGUUUGAGUCCCGUUUCCAUCUGAGACUAUUUUACACUGGUAUCUUGGUUUGAGUUAAGAUUUUUUUUUGUUUUGUUUGUUUGUUUAGCUUGUUUGGGUUUUUAAGUCACAAACAUCGAUUUCAAUCAUCGUCAUAUUUUCUUUUAGAUGUAAUCGCUAAGCUGCUCCCUUUAUAUUAAAUUUGAGGUUGCUAUACCAAAAACAAACGUACAUUAGAUGUAUACAUUAUCUACAGAAAAUCCCUGGUUUGUGGUUAUCUGGUUUUGAACAUCACAGAGUAACUUAUGUCUCAACACUCAAAGAUGAUUUAAACCAUUAAGAAAUAUAGUUGUACUUGUAUAGAGAAUACUAGUGUAAAAUUUUGUUUCCUUAGACAAAGGAUGUCACCUUUUGUGAAAAGUGUGGUUUGGAUAAAACAAAGUCAAAUUAAGCAGUGGUAGGGGGCAUUAGGUGGAAAAUUACCACAACUAUUUGAGGAGUAAGUGAAAUAAUAUACAUAUACCACUGUAUUCAAGUAUAUUUUAUCUUCUUUUAACUGUGUUUAAAGUGGCAGUUUGUAAAAGAAAUGUGUACACGUUAGCUUUGGUGGAGGAACUCAGCACGACACUUCAACUUGAUGAAAUCUGUCAACCAAUUUUUACGUCCCUGCUGGUUGAUCAAGUUUCCUUUUAUUUUGCAUUUAGGGUAAAAAAACAAAACAAAAAAAAGCUAAUUCCCUGCAGCUUUGGGAAUAUUUAUUACAAUAUAUAGUUUACUUUAUGUGACUUAAUAUCUCAAGUCAUUGUUAAUUUCAUAGGUUUUUAAAAAGGUAUUUCACUUGUAUAUACAGUAUCUGUAGAGCAAGUCUGUAAAUGCAUCUAUGUCUAUGAUGGCACUGUAAAUGUAACCCCCCCGCCCCCGUUGGUUUUAAAUACAUUCCUUUAAAAAUAGUGUUCCUCUUAGGACACAUUUCCCUCAGAGAUCUAUAAACAACUGGGUCCGAGUCAGUGUUUUCCUGUUUGUUAUGUAAAUAAAUCUUUAAUACAAGA